AUGCUCUGGUAUCUUGGUUUUGCCGUACUUGCUGUAGUCCUUUACUUCUCCCUUGGGCUCAAGGAACGAUGGCCAGAUGGCCCUCGAGGCAUACCGUUCUUAGGGGUCUUGCCGGACAAGAAGUUGACUCUUAACCAACAGCUCAGCAAGCUGGUACCUCGAUAUGGAGACUUCUUCUCAUUCAACAUGGGCAGGUCCAAAGUGGUGGUCCUCAGCAGCCCAAGAGCUGUCGAUGACCUGAUCGUCAAAAGAGGCCAGAAGUACUCUUCGCGUCCGUCUUCUUCAGCCCAGGCAAAAAUCAUUGGUCAGGGAAGGAUGGUCCAAAUGGAAUACGGUGACGAGUUCAGGAAACAUCGAAAGGUCAUCCACGGUCUCCUGGGCAUGCAAAACUCCAAGGUCUUCCUGCCCUACCAGGAAUACGAAAGCCGGCAGACUUUGAGGAACAUAUUGGAAAAUCCCAACACGUUCUAUACCGAGGUAGCACGAUACUCGGCCAGCGUCACUUUCAGCCUUCUAAUCGGAGCUCGUUUCGCCAGUAGUAGCACGCAAAUGCCAGAUGCUAUCCGCCACAUCUCUCUUGAUAUGUUUAAGAAAAUACGUCCGGGAUAUUGGCUGGCUGACUGGAUUCCGGUACUGAAUUACCUUCCCGAUGGCCUUGCACCGUGGAGAGCGGAGGCACGCAAGACUUUUGACAAUAUCCUUGGAUUCUGGGGCGUUUUCUACGACUCAAUCGUGGAUCGCAUGCACAAGGACAACGCCCCAGACUGUUUCCUGAAGCGGUUCUUGGAAAGCCCCGAGAUCACCAGCUUCUCCGAGGUCGACAAGCGCAUCAUCCUAUCCGAGCUGCUGGCGGCGGGCUCCGAGACCACAGCGACCACGCUCCAGUGGUUCUUCAAGGCGGUGGUCCUCUACCCAGACUCCGUCAAGGCAGCCCAGGAAGAGCUGGAUCGGGUUGUCGGAUCCGACCGUCUCCCGCAGUGGGAAGACCGCAACAAGUUGCCCUACAUCGCAGCGGCGAUUGAAGAAGUCCACCGGUGGGCCUCUGUGGCGCCUCUCGCCAUCUUCCAUGCCACCAGCGAGUCCGACAGCUACCGGGGCAAAGCGAUCCCCGCGAGGACAACGGUCAUCUACAACACUUCUGCGAUCCAUCACAACAGCGCCUAUUACCAGGACCACGAGAAAUUCAUUCCCGAGCGGUUCCUGUCGGAGAAAGAUCCUCGAUACCGGCCUCAACAUGCACAUGGCCCGACGCAUUAUGCCUUCGGCGUCGGAAGGAGAGAAUGCCCUGGGAAGCAUGUCGCUGACGCCUCUCUUUUCAUCGUCAUCAGCCGGCUCCUGUGGGCGUUUAACAUCGACUUGGGCUCCAAUCCCCCUCCCAGCGACGAACUCGGCGGGGGGCUCCCGAUCUUCAGACCCGUCCCGUUCGCAUGCAACAUUACUCCGAGGAGCGAGAAGGUCUCGGACCAGAUCCGCGCAGAAGCCGCGAUCCAAGACCCGGCAUUGAGGGUCGAGGAUGCCGCGCAGUACGAGCAGAGGAUCCUGACGUUUAUGGAACAACGGAAAGUCGGGGUGUGA